GGGGCCCGGCAGCUGAGAGGCGGCAGAGGUCGGUGCUCCUUCCCCGCGCCGCCUCGGGCAGCCGCCCUGCCGCCGGAGGGAGGUUUCCCCGGGGCGAGGAGGCGAGGGCCGGCCCGGGGCCCCUCGCUUGGAACGCCGCCGGCCGCCUCCUGCGUCCCCCAGGUGCAGGGUGCGAGCGGGGCUCGUCGUCAAAGGGAAAGCGGUCAGAGACACCCUCUCGGCGCCCGGGGAAGCAAUCCAGGUCACAUAAAGUCACAUUUUAUCACAAGACGCAAAGCAGCAGCUCAUUACCGAGUUUCUCGAUAAGUUCUGUCCUUCAGCUUCUGCUCAAGUAUGCAGUGACCGCUGGUGGCUUUCUGCCUUAGGGACCAGGGGAGAAUGCUCCAAUGGAGAGGUUCCAGAAGCUCAUUUUAAUUCCUCUCAUCUUAACUGCCUCGCUACCAGGUCUUGGCUUUUGUUACUCCAUUAUAAAUGGCCCUGCUAAUGCAACAGUCCUUGCUGGUUCAGAAGCCCGGUUUAAUUGCACUGUGUCGGUAGGAUGGGUAAUUCUCAUCUGGCUGUCCAAUGGAAAUCCUGUCCUCACUGUCAUCAAUUCUCAAGGAGCUGUUGAAACAUCAGACCGCUUCACGUCUCAGAAUUAUACCAGUAGCAAUGCAUUUACCUCAGAGCUGAUCAUCCACAACACCCAGCUGAGUGACUCUGGAAAAAUUGAAUGCAGCACUCAGCAACAUAGUGAGAAUAGCUUUGCGUUUCUUUCUGUUCAAGUUAAUGGAUCUUUAUUCAUCAAAAAUAGCACCUUAACAGUAAAAGAGAACAAAACAAUUGAAAUUGUUUGUGAAGCCUUAGGAUGGGCUCCAGCUCCAGACAUUACCUGGAUGACAAAUGACUCUUUCAUUGAUAAGUCAAGGUAUGUUACCCAGCACAGUCAAGGAUCUAAUGGCCUCCACAAUGCCCUGAGCAUCCUAACUUUGACUCCGACGGACACUGAGAUUUUGACUUGUUUAGCUGACAUAGAAGCACUCCCUAACCCUCAGAAUGCAACUGUAACUGUUAUUUUUGUCAACUCUACUCUAGAAAAUUAUUACAGUGAAGAGAGCAGAAGCACAUGGGUUAUUGUACUUGCAGUCGUGCUUUCACUUGUUGGUAUUAUUCUUCUGAUCAUUAUUAUUGUGGUUGUUGUACGCUGCUGCUGCCUAAAGAAGAAAGGAUCUACGUAUCAAAAUGAAAUAAGAAAAGUUUCAGCUGAGAAGAAAAAAGAUGGUGAUCUGGAAAACAGGCAAAGGCAUGGUAGCGAAAAUCAAGGAUACAUUCCAGAGGAACCGUGGAACACAGAACAAAUCCCAAGAAUUUCCUCUCUUCCCCCAAUGUCUUCAAAGUUCACUGUCCCUGCUGCGGAUUUACAUAACAGUUCCAUACCAAAGGUGCGACCUCAAAGACGUACCGAUUAUCUGAUCAGCCCAAAGAAAAUUAGAAACGUGACACUUGUUUAGGAUGUCCUUCUCCAGGAAAUUUCUCUAUCAUCAGUUGCAUUUUGCACAUUUGGAUGGCUUCCUGCAACGCAGAAAGGGUAACACCAGUUCUCUCAGUUUAAGCUAUAAGUUAUUUUUCUUUUUUUCCUCAUGCAAUGAAAUAAAAUUGCAACCUUUAUAAUGUAGCAUAUGAUAUCUCAGCAAAAUAAUGGACAUAAAUGACACCCUUAACUUGAGAGACAAUGAAUCUGAUGUGACUUUACAAGAACAAGAAUCCAUGCUUUGGAUCCCAAGGGAAUCAGCAAAACUCCUAUCAGACGGAAAUGUUAGGUUAUCCACAGCAAGAUCAGGGACUGGAACUGCAAGAGAUAUAUUAGUUCAGAAGAACUGGUUAAUAAUAAUAAUGGUUAAUACAAUAUCAUCUACUGCUUUUUUUAUGUACUUUAUUUACAGCUGAUCAUAUUGGGCUUAUAGAUCAACAACAUAUUUUAAUUUUUGUUCUGUAAUAAAACCAAGGGAAGUUUUCAUGAGGGCUGUUUCAAAAUUUCUAACAAAACUAAUUAAUUAAUUUGUUUCAUUUCAAUACAUUUUUUUGUUAAAGCUAUUUGUAUUAAAUCUGAUGUUCCAGUUUUAAAUAAAAAGCAAUCACCCGCAUGCCAAAAAAAUCCUAUUUUGAUUGAAAUGCAAAAAUCUUAAGCUGAAAAAUGUGGAUUUGAAACUCCUGA